AUGCCAGGUGCCCCAGUCUCGACGCCGGUCUCGAGGGCCUCGAUUCGGAACGCUGGCCUUGCCCUCAUCGUUCUCACUACUGUUGUUGUUGGCACGCGAGUCGUCCUUGCUGUCAUGCACCAAAAUCGUUUCCUCCCCGAAGAUGGCUGGCUUGUGGCAUGCUACGUCUUCUUCAUGGUGCUCGCCGUCUUGUACCUCUUUAUCGUCCCGGCCUUCUUCAGACUGACCGACAUGGCUUCCGGUAUCAUCGAACCGUAUGAAACUGCCACUGAAGACGCGCUCUUUAUCCAGAAGGGUCUUUUCACGGUCUCAGCUUGCUUGUGGUUCUGCCUCUGGUCAGCCAAGUUCUCUUUGUUGUGCUUGUACAAGAAGUUGUUGGAUAAGCUGCCUUAUUACACCAAACUAUGGUGGGCGUUGGUCGUGUUCUGUGGCUUGACGCUGGUUGGAACCGUGAUUUCACUCUUCCUGGCUUGUUCAAGCAUGCAUGCUUGGUUUUCUGUUGGUGCCUGCACAACGCCACGAGAUGUCGAAGCUGCUGCCGUCAGUAUGUGGUUUGCCUAUGCGGUAGACGUCCUGACAGACCUCCUCAUCAUGAUGCUACCUCUGCGCCUCAUUAUAACGUUGCAAAUGCCACUGUCGCGCAAGAUUAGUAUCGCAGGUCUAUUCUGUCUGGGCUGGGUUUGCAUCGCUGCCUCAACUGUCCGCGUAACGCAGAUUGGCAAUAACGGGGCCCAGCCUACGGUACCUUGGCUCGCUCUUUGGGGCACAAUCGAAGCUGCCAUAGCUGUCAUCAUCGUCACCGGACCUGGACUGUACCGUGCAGUCAAAAUAUACUCGACAUCGCGCCAGAAGUACUAUAUUGACAAGUCAAACUCGAAGGCCAAUUACGCCAGAAGUAACAGUCGUACAACUGAAGACCAAGAUGUCCAACUCCGGCCGUUUCCGCGCACCACUGUAUCCCGUGCAGAGCCAAGCAGUAGUCAAGAAGAGCUAAUGUACCCGGGCAAGCUCGAUGGUAUCAUGGUAACAAAGGCGGUCGUUGUUAACAGUUCGAAGAGCCAGAACGCAACGAAAUAA